GUUGCCGGACGCCGCGUCACGCCAUUCGGCCGGCGGCCCCGAGCACUCGCGGACGGGCGGACGGCGAGCGCCGCGCCAUGAGGCUCCUCCCCCGGCUGCUGCUGCUGCUCCUGCUCGCCUUCCCCGGCGUCCUCGUGCCGCGGGGCCCGCCCGGAGGCUCCUUGGCGGCCGCGCAGGACCUGACGGAGGAUGAGGAGGCCGUGGAGGACUCGGUCAUCGAGGACGAGGAUGAGGAGGCCGAGGUGGAGGAGGACGAGCCCACAGACCUGGCAGAAGACAAGGAGGACGAGGACGUCUCUGGUGAGCCGGAAGCUUCGCCCAGCGCAGACACGACCAUCCUGUUCGUGAAGGGAGAAGACUUCCCAGCCAACAACAUCGUGAAGUUCCUGGUGGGCUUCACCAACAAGGGCACGGAGGACUUCGUGGUCGAGUCCCUGGACGCCUCCUUCCGCUACCCGCUGGACUACCAGUUCUACAUCCAGAACUUCACGGCGCUGCCGCUGGGCACGGUGGUGCCGCCCCAGAGGCAGGCCACCUUCGAGUACUCGUUCAUCCCCGCCGAGCCCAUGGGCGGCCGGCCUUUCGGGCUGGUCAUCAACCUCAACUACAAGGACCUGAGUGGCAACGUCUUCCAGGACGCUGUCUUCAACCAGACGGUGACCGUCAUCGAGAGGGAGGACGGGCUGGACGGCGAGACGAUCUUCAUGUACAUGUUCCUGGCUGGCCUGGGGCUCCUGGUGGUGGUCGGUCUGCAUCAGCUCCUCGAGUCUCGCAAGCGCAAGAGGCCCCCGCAGAAGGUGGAGAUGGGCACGUCCAGCCAGAACGACGUGGACCUCAGCUGGAUCCCCCAGGAGACGCUGAACCAGAUCAUGCAGAGCAGAAGAGACAAGGCCUCGCCCCGCAGGGUGCCCCGGAAGCGCGCCCAGAAGAGAUCGGCGGGAUCCGAUGAGUAAAUGCUGCCUGCCGUGACGCAGUGUGCCCGCUGGGCCGCACGCCCGGAGCCCCCGCUGCCUCGUGUGGACUGCUCAGGCCUGCUGCCCGCGCUGGCCUAACACCGCUGAAACGCAUUCGGCCGUUUUUCUAAAGUAACAAACGUGGGUGUUUAGACCAUUGAAACCUGUGUGCAUGUGUGCGAGUGUGCGAGAGUGUGAGUGUGAGCGAGAGUGUGAGAGUGUGAGUGUGAGCGAGAGCGGGUGAGUGGGAGAAGAGCCGUGUCUUCCCAGGAUCACUGUUGACCUACCUGAAGCCCCCUUUGGCCACCAGUAUGGUGGCCGCCCUGGACACGCCCCGCCACGGGCAGCCGCCCAGUGCUCUGCUGGCCGGGGCGCCUGUCCGUGGGGAGAGGGGUCCUAAAGGCCUCCCGGCAGCUGCUGCCAGGCCCCCGUCUGCGGGGCCUGGGGGUUUCUCCAGCAACUCCGUGUCAGUCGUGGAGACUGCUGAAUUUGGUGUGUAACGCCGACUCCAGCCUUCUUUUUCUUUUUCUUUUUCAACAAACACAGAGUGUACCUGUGGGGGCCGAGGGCUGGGCACGCGCCUCGCCUGCCCUGCUUGUACUGAGGGGUGGUCGCGUUGUUCGGGCCCACCCGGUGGGGGUUCUUAAGGGAUCGGCUCAGUUCUGAAGAAGCAUCUUGCUGAAGACGUGGCCUGGGUCUCCCACCCAGUGCAGGUCCGCGUGCGGGCAGGGACGGGUUCCAGGAAAAGAAAUGAUUGGGCUUUAAUGUUCUUUAAUCUUUGGGAUUUUGUUUGUUGAUGUAAUUUUUUUAUUUAAUCUGGAAAAAAAAAUCAAAAUGUUAAGCAUUUAAAAUCUCAUGAUUUCAGGGUCUCAGAACUAAACUGAGUUUGGCCUUUGUCAGCGCCUUUCUCGGGACCCCUGCGGCACUGAGAGUGGCCCCAGGUGCGUGUUCUGGCCGGGCUGCCCGGGCGGGGUGACGUCCCCCCCGUUCCAGGAGUGGCAGCGGCUGCUGGCUCCCCCUCUGCGCCUCGCGCUGCCCCGAGGUCCCCAGGUGGGCCAGGCCCAGUGUCGGGUCUGCCCUGGAGCGGGGCUGUGUCAGCCCUCGGCCUUGCUGCUCCUUGAAACUGCCCUGUGGCCUCUGAGGAAUUGCGUAGGAUCCUCCGCCCACUCCCAGGCCGUGUCUGAGACAUCUGCAGGGGUGGAGCCUGCCGUGCUUGGGCCUGCGUGCAUGUGCGUGCGUGCGUGUGUGUGGGAGAGUGCGUGCGUGUGUGAGUGGGAGGGAACAUGCGUCUGUGGGAGUGAGUGCGUGUGCAGGCGUCUGUGUGUGCGUGCCUGUGUGUGCAUGCGUGUGCGUGUGUGUGUGUGCGCGCGUGCGUGCCUGUGUGUGCAGGCGUCUGUGUGUGUGUGUGUGCGCGUGCGUGCCUGUGCGUGCAGGCGUCUGUCUGGUGGCUUUGGGCCAGGUGUCUGCCUUGGCAGUGCCGCCUGAGCCCCUGCAGUGCGUGGCAGGCGCUUCGCUGAGCUGGCUGGGGGCUGAGCCUGGGGUGUGGGGGGCGCGGACACGCCCUGUGGAAAAUGGGAAACUGGUCCACACAUGGUUUGUUCAAGCACACCGAGUAGAUGUUUCACGUUGCUCCAGCCUGUUUGGGAAGUUUCUGCUUUGAGGGGGUCAUUUGCCGCGCCAGCCGUGGUGCAGGAUUCCCUGGGCGUGUCCGCAGAGUGCACGCCUGGCCCCCGGGGAGGGCUGGGCCCAGAGGGAAGGGCUCACGGCUCGGUGCGCUGCAGAGAGGGAUAAGGGGGCAAGAGAUGUGCCCCUGUGUGUCUCGCCCGAGACCUGCCUGGAGCCACUGCACUGCGGUGCCCAGUCAGGGCCCGUAUGGGUCAGCCGUCGACUUGCAAAACCAUCUCAGAACUUCGUGACUCAUUUCGCCCCUUCUGGCUUGGGUUCCUUCCUUCCAGAACUAGACGUUAGCAUAAGCUCAGACACGUCACAUGGGGGCCGCCCGACCUGGACAUGCGUAGCCAUGAAGUCAAUAAAUACGUUUGCGUUUCCA